ACUGGAUGACGUAUGUAUGUCCACUCUAUCAAGUAAUCACCGCCUUCGAUGGACUUUAGACAAGAGUGCCAAGUUUUAUUACUAAUACGUGUCUACUUGAUUGCGCAAUGCCGCAUACUAACGUUACUUAAAGGAGCACACCUGUCAACUAAAGUUUUUUGGGAAGCUGUUACAAUUUUCUCCAGAUCCUGCUUCUUAAUUGGCUCAAUACAUGCAACGUCCUUAACUGUCUCGAAUUCACACUCUAAUAAAUCCAUGUGUCUUCUGCUCUAUCGCCCUCUUCGCGAAAUCAAUCGAGACGAUGCCAAUUUUGAGAUAUCUCCCAUUCCCAACCACGCACCUUAGCUCGUCUCCACUUGCGCACAGGCCCCCGAGAUCGUGCAGAAUCGUCACUGUGAAGUUAGACUUGACCAAGAAAAAUACCCAAUAAGAAUGAGAAUUGAAUUUGUUGUCUUCGAAGCCAAUUUGCAUACGAAUGCACUUAGCCCGAGGGUUUGAAAAGAAGGCAUUGAAAAUUACAUAAAGUCUGUGGAUAAAGGUGACGACGUAGAUUGUGUGCCUUCCAAGGUUACCUUCUUCCAAAGCAAUUGACAUGGGAGAAGCCGAUGAGCUUAAAGGCGCGGUAAAUGAAGGAUGGAACUUUGCGUGGAGAUGUCGCGGUCGUUUCGCCAUCGUUCAAAUCGCUUCUAAUCAAGCGGCGAUACUCCAACUUGAUGCUCCUGAUAGCACCAAAGUUUUGACUGUAGUGUCAGCUAUAAACGGCGUGAAUAUGUGGAAGCAGAACUAUCUGAUCUGGAAAUUACAUGAUGCGGAGAUCUUUGAGCUGAACUCGCAUGGACUAAAACAUGUGGCAAAGAUUGGCAUAGCGGAAGGUGCAUUCCUGGCAAUCCACAACUGCUUCGUGUUCAUGACUACGCAAGAUGGAGUGGAGGUGUUGUCACUUCAGGGAGAGCAUAAGCAGCUUCUGGUGGUGGAUCAUUUCCAGGGAAAAUCCUUGCAACUUGAAGUUUGCGAGGAAGUUCUUGUUGCAGUAACCAGUGAGAACCGAAUCCGUUCGUGGAAGAUUGAACGGAAUGAAGUAAAGCUUUCAGGACUUCCGUCUGGUCGAAAGGUGGAUCAAGUUGAGAAGAUUCAGUCACUUCGGUGCAAUUGUGACGGGACCAAGAUUAGCUUCUUUGCAGAGUCGCCUAAGGGCGAUGGAACAGAAUCGAAGCUUUUUGUGUACGAUGAAUAUUUGGAUAAAUUCCUCUGCUACGACUUUGGAGAUAGGAGGCCAGUUUCACAUUAUUGGGAUGACGAGGAUUGUAAGCUCCUUGCGUGUCACAUAAUUUGCUCUGAGGAGGAGAAUUCAAACGAAUUGGGUGAGAAGGAGACUGCAGCGUCAUUUAUUUUCACCUUCUUCGUAACAUCGGACUAUCCGCAGGGAAUUUUCGAAUAUGAAAAGAUCGUGCUUCUCGACGAUCAGCGUCUUCUUGUCGGAGUUUCCAUCCCAUAUCUUAUGUUUUAUACUGGAGCUUCACGUCCAAGUUCUGAUGAACUUGCAGCUCCUGGAUCCUUCGAGAUGAAAGUUUUUCGAGAUUAUGUUGGGCUAGAGGGUGCUGACCAGAAAACUAAGAAAGGACUGUCUUAUUUCAACUACAAUUUAGUCUUAGGUCCAGUUAUGCUGGUGGCAGCAUACCAAUCCAUCGCAUGGAUCCAAGAUCAUGCAUUCUGGAAAGCACUUGCCGCCAUUUGCGUGCAGACUAAACGAACAGAUAUAGCAGCCUAUUGUUUUGGUCGCAUGCAAGAUGCCUAUGGAGCCGAAUUGAUCGAGGAAGCUGAAAAGGAGCCGGAAGAAGAUGCAAGGGUUGCAAUGGUGGCGCUUCAAUUAGGACAGAUUGAUGAUGCAAAGCAACUUUACGCAAACUGUAAACGAUAUGAUUUGGUAAACCGACUACACCAACUUUGUUGUGAAUGGGAGAAGGCAUUAGAAGUAGCCACAAAAAAUGAUCGCAUCCAUCUCAAAAAUACACACCACUCGUACGCUAAAUAUCUGGAAGCAAGGGGAAAUUAUAAGGAUGCAAUUCAUCAUUUUGAACUUUCAGGGUCGCAUAGGUAUGAGGUUCCGCGCAUGCUCUAUGCUGCUCAGCAAGUUGAAGAGCUGCAGGAUUACAUUGACAACAGCUCCGACCCAGCAUUGCAGCGUUGGUGGGCUCAUUUUUGUGAAGCCAAUGACCUUUUAUCCGAAGCUAUUGAGUACUAUAUUGCUGCUAGAGAUACAUGUUCUCUAGUUCGAGUAUAUUGCUAUCAGAAGGAUUUUGAGGCAGCUUCUGAGGUCGUGACUUCCUCUGGAGAUUUUGCUGGUGCCUUUCAGUUGGCUCGUGAGUACGAGAAAAUUGGAGACAUCCUUCAGGCCAUACAGUUCUUUAAGAUGGCCGGAAAGUCAAGUUAUGCUGCACAGCUGGCCAUGAAGACUGGCAUGGAUAGCGAACUGCUGCCAUUGUCUCUUCAGAGUUCCAGGGAGAUGAUGUUUGUCUCAGCAAGAUACUUCCAGAAGAAAGGAAUGAAUGAAGAGGCUGCUCUCCUAUUUCAAAAGGGUGGAGAUUUGGGAACAGCAAUUGAUAUCUGUUUUCGUUCUCAAUUAUUUGAUGCACUUAGGAGUAUUGCUGAGGGUCUUGAUGAAUCGGCGGAUCCCUCACUACUUACAAAUUGUGGAGAUUAUCUCUUGCAGCAUAAGCAGUUUGACAAAGCAGUGAAGCUGUUUAUUGCAGCCAAGCUAUACCACAAGGCACUUGAUGUUUGUACAAAAGAAGGUAUUACCAUCACGGGGGCGAUGGCGGAAGUCAUAUGCCCUAAAGGUGAUCACAGAAAAGAUGAAGAAUAUUCUAAACUCCUAAUGCGUCUGGCAGCGUCUUGUCUCGCUCAAGGUUCUUACCACCUUGCAUGUAAGAAAUAUACUCAAGCUGGAGAUCGCGUGAUGGCCACGAAGGCUUUAUUGAAAUCUGGAGACACGGAGAGGAUCAUUUUCUUCGCCCAUGUAUCCAGACAGAAAGAGAUUUUUGUGCUGGCUGCAAAUUAUUUGCAGACUCUUGAUUGGCACGGCGAUGCCAAUCUCAUGAGGAUCAUCGUUCAGAUGUAUACAAAAGCUGGGGACACGACAUCACUAGCAUCAUUUUACGAAGCAUGCGCUCAAAUUGAGAUAGACGAGUUUAGGGAUUACGAGAAGGCACUAGGAGCCAUGUCAGAAGCACUGAAGUAUCUUGAAAAAACUAAUAAUUCCGACAAAGAUGAUCAAGUAAAAUCAUUACAGACCCGCAUUUCAGAAAUGGAGCACUUUGGACAGAUCCGCAAGAUGGCAAAGACUGAUCCCGCAGGAAUGGUGAGGGCUUGUAGGGAGCUCCUCGUGCAGGUGUCUCGCAAUAAGGGAAGCCCCCAGGCUGCAUUGCGAGUAGGUGAUUUGUAUGCUCUACUUAUUGAGUUCUACUUCCGUCAAAGGAAUAUGGAGCAGGCAUAUGAACUGAUUGAGGAGAUGCAAUGUCAGAAAAUUCCUCUAAGUCAAUAUAUUGACCAGAGUACUGUGGAAUCUAUCUACAAGUGUAAUCCUUCUGUUUGUUCCAGGCUCUUGGGAUAGAAGCAGCAGAGGACAGCCUUAGUGAAGGCAUCAGUGAAGAGAUUGCCAGCCUCGAUCGAACUUGAUUUUCAUUCCAAGGUUGUUUAGAGUAAAAGUUGAAGGUUUUCACCGGAGAUGAUGAAGCGCCUCAGGACUUGGAAUGUAAUUGUCGGACCUCAGAGUGAUUUCUUGACAUUAAAACAGCUUUUUAGCAAAGUAUGACCAAGAACCAUGGAACUGAAUCCAAUGAUGGCAAUUGGAUAAGCCAUUUUGUUAAAUGACUCAUAGCUGUAAGGUCCAGUGUGUUGUGAGAGUCAUCGAAAGUAUAAAUAUCAAUGCAGGAGUUCAAUGGCAGUAGGCAGUAAUUUUUCGGGCAUGAACUUCUCUAGCUGAUCCCAUAGUUUGGGGCUGUUACCAAUCUACCAUGCAAUGACUGAGAUCUUGCUCUCUGCAAACAUAUAGUAACCUCCAAUCUGAACCUGCUUCACGUUCAUGUGAAGACUAAAGAGCGGGCUAGGCAAUGUAACUUUUCCUUGAAACGGCACGAAGAAAUUGUAGCUUGCUA